AAGCAAAACACGGGAUUAACUUUGCCCUGUGCGGGCUUGUCGGGAGCGGUGAGCGCUGCUCCACCGGCGCCGAGCGCAGCCCGCCACGAUGGGGGCCAGGCUGCUGUGCCUGUGCCUCCUCACCGCCCUGCUCGGCUACUACAUCUACAGCCCGCUCCCCGAGGAGCUGGCCCAGCCCGGGACUGUGAUGCUGCUCUCGGCUGCCCUGAGGGUCGUGGGGCACCUGUCGGAGGCGGCGGAGAUGCUGGGGCUGAUGCACUACAUGGAGGGCUUGAGGCUGAUCACGGCUGUGGAGCUGGUCGGGCCCACGUCGGAUGAAAACGUCACCGUGACAGACACGGAGCUCAGCAAGGUCCCCGUGCGCCUGUUCCUGCCCCGGAGGGCACCCGGUGGGCUCAGGAGCGCUGUGCUCUUCUUCCACGGCGGGGGCUGGUGCCUGGGAGAUGCAGGCAUGCACGGCUACGACCUCGUGUCACGGCGGAUUUCAAACGAGCUAAAUGCUGUCGUGGUGUCAGUCAACUACAGGCUGGCCCCCGCUCACCGUUUCCCCGCGCAGUUUGAGGACGUGUACGCGGUGACAAAGUUCUUCCUGCAGAGCGAGGAGCUGGCCCGGUACCGGGUGGACCCCGCGCGCGUCUGCGUGGCCGGAGACAGCGCCGGCGGCAACCUGGCCGCGGCCGUGGCACAGCAGCUGUUGGAGGACCCUGAAGUGAAAACCAGGCUGAAAGCUCAGGUUCUGAUCUACCCCGCCCUGCAGGCCCUGGACCUGGACCUGCCGUCGUACCGGGCCAACGCGGACAAGCCUCUGCUGAGCCGGGCGCUGAUGGUCAGGUUCUGGAGCGAGUACCUGUCGGGGGAGCCGGCGCUGUGGGAGGCCAUGGCCUCCAACCGGCACGUCCCCGCCGAGGCCGGGCCGCUGCUGCCGCGGGUGGACUGGCGGCGCUGGCUGCCCGCGCCCAUGCGGGCGGGCCACGGGCACGGCGGCCCCGCCGCGGGCGCCGCGGGCCCGGCCCGGCCGUGGCCCGGCCUGCUGGACCCCCGCUUCGCCCCGCUGCUGGCCGGCGAGGCCCGGCUGCGCCGCCUGCCCCCGGCCUUCAUCCUCACCUGCGAGCACGACGUGCUGCGCGACGACGGCGCCAUGUACGCGGCCCGGCUGCGCGCCGCCGGCGUGCCCGUCACCCACCACCACGCCAAGGACGCCUUCCACGGCGCCGUCACCUUCGUGUCGUGGCCGCUGGAGCUGGCCCUGGGCCACCGCCUGCUCAACACGUGCCUGGCCUGGCUCAGGGACAACCUGUGAGCGGCCUCUGCUCGCCCUCCUCGGCCGCCGGCCGGGGCUGGGGCCGGGGCCGUGCUGGAUUUUGGCCAUGAUUGAGCCUUCCCUGUGAUUCCCGCAGUGCUGGGGCUGGAGCACUUGCACUUCCCUCCUUCUCUGCCAGGAAAUCAGUCUGAUCCCAACCCACGCGUCCCCCCAGUGCUGCCAUCGGAACCUCAAACCCCCACGCUGCCUGGGGUUCCCCCUCUGGCCCUGCAGCCUCCCACAUUCGGUGUCUUGUCCCCGUGUGUGCUCCUUUGUCCCUGUCACAGCCUGUCCGGGCCGGGCCGUGUGCCCCAGGGCGCGGCGGGCACACGGGCGGGCUCGGGGCUGCUCCUUGCCCUGCGGGCUGUGGCAGCAGGGCCCUGUGCUCCAGCGGUGAUGGGGGAACAGAACCCCUGCAGGCUGCGCUGGGGCUGCUCUUCCUGCCCUGCACAGCUUGGGGGAAACACUUGGAAACCCAGUGGGAUGGCUGAAAAAUUUUGGGGUUUGUUUGUUUUGGGGGUUUUGUUUAUUUGGGGUUUUUUGUUCUGUUGUGGGUUUUUUUUAAAAACACGUAUCUUACUCCUACUUCCUUUCUUUCAUCCUUGAACUAGCAGGAAAUAGUGAAACCAACCAGCACUGGAUAUUCACUGGAAAAAGGAAGCUGUGAAGGUCCCAGCCUUACGAUAACACUGCUGCAUGGUCUGUGCUCUACUUAUCUCUUAAGUCACGUACUAGGUGUUCUAAUUGUCCUUAAAAUUGUUUAUCAGAUUUUACAUAUGAUUUCUUAAAAGUAGAAUUUGCUUAGAGGCUUGAAAAAGAAAUGUGGUUCAGCUGGGUGUGUGGGACAAUAACCUCUGAGUAAAUGUUUUGUGUGUUAAAUAUAAACCCUAAAACUUUUGACUGAAGCAUGAAUGCAGGGGUUGGCUGUUGGUUUAAGCAAAUCAAACACUGAUCAGGUACUUCAUGUAUCCUGCUCUUCUUUUGCAUAAAAGGCACUGAAUCUUCAACAAUUCUGGGUUAUUUUUCCUGAGUGUGUGUGGCCUGUUCAGGUGGAAUCUGUACAGGAUGAUCGCUGUUUUCCAUCUUUAUUAAGCUGAAUAUAAACAUUAAAUUUGUUUUUGAUUCCAG